AUGGCAGAAAAGCCAGAUAUGUCUUCCUUCUGGAAGAAUGCCAUAACAGAGCUCAUCAACGACGUGUCUGCCCGACAUCCGCCAGACACGGUCGCCUCCGAAGAGUCACUGUCCGCCUUGUCCGCAGCCGUGAGAGAGUUGACUGCUGAUAGCUUGAUUUUUAGACCCACUCUGCCUGCCGCCGUCGCGUCGCCGGAGAAAGCGCGUCUCGCUGCUCGUGGGCAGGUGCAAAUCUCAGCUCGCGAGGACACUCCAGUCGCUGCUUCUGAGAACACGCUAGUCGCUGUUGGCGGGGACGCUCCAGCCACUGCGCCCACAAACACACCAGUCGCUCCUCAUGAGCACGCGCCUGCCGCUGUUCCCACGAGAGGCCCUCUUACUGCUCCUGAGAGAGUGCCUGUCGUUGCCUCUGGUAAGGCUCUUACCCUUCCUUCAGCACCCUGGUCUGGCAGACCGUUGUUGUCGGGCGCGCAGCUACAAUCUCAGUUCAACAUGCUUCACCGUACUUCCGGAGAGACGUCAGCAGCGCAACAGGUACGAAACAAGCGCCCGUUAGAACAUGGCUCCACACAGACUGCAGGAUUUGAACAACACCAGAAGAAGACCUGUAUCAAAGAAGAGUCCGACUCCGACGAUGAUUCUGAAGAUGGGGAGAUGUCGCUUUUGAAGCAAUCAGGUCCUGCUCUUGCACAUCGAACAAGAAAGCCAAGAGUGACCUUCAUGAACAUACGCUCUAUGCAGCUUCCAGCUGCAAUUCACAACGUCAAGCCGUCGAAGCUGUUUGUUCAUGCAACCCGCAAGAAGGAAGACGGCCAGCUGGGAGUCAACCCGGCUAGCAAGCACCUUGUUUGGUCCAUCCCUCCAGCCGGUUCCCUCCCAACGAAGGUGUACAACAUCAAGCUGCUCCCAAAUACCAAUGUCCAGUGGAAGCGUACACCAAACCGCGCUCGCCUCGAGCUGAGAGCGCCGCUAGCGAGCGUGUGUGACAAUGUAAAAGGGCGGAAGGGCCAGAAAGGCCAUGGUCAGUUGGAGAAGUGGACUUUCUGGAUUUGGCUGGACGAGCGGGAGGGAUGUAGCGCCGAGGAGAAGGCCAAGAACAGGCCUCUUGUGAAGCACAAUCAGCAGAAGGUUCUUGUCCUGCUGCGCGCGAUCCUGGAUACCAUCGAUGGUGCGGCAGACCGGCCUACUGGUCCGACUACGGCAGUCAUCAAUCAUCGUCGCCCGGCGACAGGCGGACACCCAGGCACAGCCGCCAACAAAGUUGCUGUUGCACAUCGCCGCGGCGGGGCGCCGUCUCCUAGCAGCAUGGGAUCCUCUACUCCCCAUGAGGCUAUUGGCGGCCCUGCAUUCGCCGCGGACGAUGUGCUCUCACAGUUCAGUCCAGACUAUCUCGCCGGAUAUCUUGCCGGACAACGCAGUACUGAGUAUCCGACGGGCCCCCUCGUACCGAAUGUGGAGGCUUUCGGGGCGGAGGCCCCCAGUGUCUUAGCUCAGCAUGGCAUGGGAAGCAUGGGAAGUAUCAUUGCGCAACAACCGUCAGGUGUUGCCUUUCCAACACCGGCGGCUUUCAGUAUCAUGCCAAUUAAAGCCGAGACACUGGCGGCCCCGCCUUCGGGUUUUGCUGCAGACCGUGGCAUGGGACGCAUGGGAGACAUGAUGGACCAGCAGCUGCCGGGUGUCUGGGCUUCUAUGCACGCGACUCCAGCUCCCAUGCCAUUGCCCCUCCAGCCGUUGACCGCCGCACCUUCCGGUCCUGUUGAGCCGCAUGGCAUGGGUCACGCUCAACGCACUGCGGGCCAGCAGCCGCUGACUGCUGACCAUCCGGCGAACGCGGCUGCUGGAUUCGGUCAAUAUACUCAGGCUCCUCCGGAGAAUUGUGCUCCGUCCUAA